AUGGAAGGCCCGGAAAACAUGGAAGACGUCGACUUGGAGGAGCAGCCGCUGCCACAUUCACCACCACCGUCUCCGCGGCCGCCACUCCGCAAAUCGUCUAGGAGGAAGCCGGCUGCUGGCAGCCGCUCGCUCGCCACGCCCUUGCGCGCGCUUUCGCUGGUGGUGCUCGUGGUCGGCCUCCUCUUCUCCGUGCACCUGCUGGUCCACGACGUCAGGACGCUGGUGCUCCUCGCGGCCGAGUGGCUGUGCAUCUUCUUCGUCAUGUCGUGCGUGGCGGCCUGCGAGAGGGGCGGCGACGACGACGACGCCGGUGGCUCCAAGGGCGGGCUGGCGACCGUCGCGGAGGUGGCGCUGUGGUCGUUCGCUAUGGCGCUCACGGUGACCAUGACGUUCUGGGUGACAGGCCGGCCUGCCUCUCCCGGCCGUGGCGGUCCUGUACUUGCUAUCUCUGCUCGCAGUCUCAGCAUGUUUUGCGGUUCUUCUGAAUUGAUGCUUGAUUAG